CCCGCGGGCAGAAGAAAACAAGCUUGGGCUUGGCUUGGGGCGUGGAAAGCGCGCUUCAGAUGGCAGCUGUUGGCUCUGUGCUGAAUGGUCAGCCGGCAUGCAAGCUGCAGCAAACGUAUGCACCCACCACAGAGCAGUAUCCUCCGCAAACACCUCGUGGGAUAUCAUCUGCUGCUGUCCGAUGCGGUGGUGUAUCUAAGACAAGACAAGACAAGACAAGACAAGACAAAAUCCAAUCUGCGAUUCUCUUCCGUGUACCCAUUGCCACUCAUACUCUCUGCACAUUGAGAUAACUCUCCCAUUCCAUUGGCGCCUUCCUUUGCGCGUCUUUGUCUUGUCGAAUGCUUUCCGGACUUCCUCCCACUUUGCGAUCAAGGGAUAGCUCACCAGCGGUCUACAGCACGAGUAUAUCGGGCUUACUGCUUGCAGUUCCCGAUUCCGUUUAUUGAUGCCAUAAUACAAGACUCCGGAUUUGCCUCGAAACGACUGCAACAUGUCUGGCAGAGACAACAACACUCCGGGUGCUCUGAGAGAUAUCCAGAAUCCUUUCGAUAUGUCAACUCCUACUUCCCCGACCGACAUUCGCCAUCCUCUCUCCAGAGUAGAGUCUGCAUCAACCGAGCGACUCUCUGAAAGCUUUCAGUCCACAGAUACAAUCAGACGACGACCAGAACCACAGUCAUAUGGUAUGCAGCAGACAUUUUUAGCAUCGGAUGAGCCAGUGGAGCUUAUUUUCACAAUUUUAUACAGUCUCAAGACUAAUUUGCUUCAAGGAUCCAUUCUACAACCGUCCGCUACUCAUAAUUCAGAGCACCGAGCGAGCGAGUCUUCACAGACAGGCGAACGACCGCAACCACAAACCUUGGAGACAUCUCGGUCUAUCCAACCCAUCCGGUCACCCAUGCUAGGUCCAGAACGAGGUCGAGGAGGACAACGACCAAAGAAACCCGGAAUGCCCCGUCGAGCUUCCUCCAAUGUACAAGCACCACACCGUGGACAAGAAUUCUCGGUGGAUGAUGACGUGACAGAAAUAGAGGAUGACUUAGCCACAAGUCGACACAGUGCUACUGGAUUCGGGUCUCUCAGACAUCAACCAUCAACCGUGCGGCGCCGACCAACAGCCCAACCUACUCUCCCAAGGGUUGACUCUUCCCGUGGUGGAGAGGAAGAGGCUGAAGCUGUAGCCGAAGCAGAGACCGUAAGUGCAGCUGGGGAUGCAACACUGGAAGAAAGUACGAGCGAUUUUGGCGGGGAGGGCACGGUUCGAGAUGUGGACGACAUUACCCCAGAUGAAGAUGAAGACGACGACUUGAGCGACGCAGAGAGCUUCACGUUGAAAGAUCGCCAGGAAGCCAUCAACGAAACCCAUCCUUUCGGUAUUCGUAUUUGGAAGCCCGCGCUGUAUAAAAAGAAUAGAUCGGUACAAAAGACCGCCGAGGGUGACAUCCACUCUUCUCCGGGAGGUAGAGUCAGCAAGUGGCUUCUGUUCUUCAAUAUCCUUUGGACGGUGUGGUUCGGCUGGUGGCUUGCUCUGAUAGCUUUCGUCGGAGCUGUAGUCUGUUUCAUCUUUGGUGCCGCACCCAGUGCAAUUGAGUACGGCCGUGUCCUAUGGGGCGUUUCUGGCUAUCUAUUCUACCCUUUUGGCAAAUUCGUUCGGCUAGAACAGGACGAAGCUUAUGCUGAGGAAGACGAGGGCGAAGGGCGGAGCAUUACGGAGUAUGAGCAAUGGCAGAGUGGUGAUAUUGAGGAUGGUCGACUUUUCUUCGGCCCACAAGGUAAUCGCUCUAUAGUCGGUCGCUCACGAAGGAGCAUCGACUCUCUCGCAAGCGAGAAUGAUAGUCUUCUCGGACGUUCAAGAAGGCGAUCUGCAAGAGAGAGCUCGGAACGGCCUCUGAAGCGCAGACUUUUCGGCAGAGGCGAGUGGAAUACUGGCCGUGUCAUCUUCUUUCUGUUCUUCUACGGCCUCAUUACUCCGACCUUGUUCCUCGUCUCUGGCAUAUGUUGGUUCCUUGUCUUCUGGAUUCCAAUGGGCAAAGUUACCAUGCUUUUGUUCUCCCACCUACGACGGCAUCCAUUGGCACUCUCAUUUGAGUCUGACUCUGAUUACUCCCGCGGUGCUAUUCCACACUCGUCCAUUCUACUCUGCACCUACCGUGCUGUGGGAACAAAGUACUGGAAAUAUACUGUUGACGGAACUAAUAUCUUCUUGAUCAAUCUCAUGGGCGUGGUACUUUUCGUGAUUUUCGACUAUUGGGUCCUUGUGGAGACUCUCCACUGGGAACAUUUGACGAUCACUGGACCUCCAUUCCUCUUUACGGCAGCUCUGGCCUCCAUCAUUCCGUUGGCGUACUUUAUUGGCCAAGCAGUCGCCUCUAUUUCUGCUCAGUCUUCGAUGGGUCUUGGUGCCGCCAUCAACGCAUUUUUCUCAACAAUUGUAGAGGUGUUCCUUUACUGUGUAGCCCUGAAGCAAGGAAAGGGUCAACUCGUUGAAGGAAGUAUCAUUGGAAGCAUUUUCGCUGGUAUUCUAUUCCUUCCAGGACUUUCGAUGUGUUUCGGAGCAAUCAAGCGGAAGACUCAGAGGUUCAACGCCAAGUCAGCUGGUGUUACCUCCACAAUGCUCCUGUUCGCAGUCAUCGCUGCGUUUGGUCCAACACUGUUCUAUCAAAUAUAUGGAACGCACGAGCUUAACUGCCUGAGCUGCGUCGAUAACAAUGAUAAUUCGCCAAGUCGAGACUGUCGUCGGUGCUAUUUCUCUCAAGUCCCCGCGCUAGAUGAUCGGUUUUACCUCGAAGCUGUCCGACCUUACUGCUGGUUUGCAGCCGUCCUGCUGUUCCUGUCGUAUAUCAUCGGAUUGUGGUUUACUCUACGGACACAUGCAGCAGUUAUCUGGAACAACGAAAUAGACGAGAAAAAGUUUCAAGAAGGUCAACAUACAGCUGGCCAGCAGCAGCCAGUUGGUGUUCCCAAUCAUGGACGACUUCAGAGACAUGGCAGCACCCAGAACAGCAGCUCAGCUGAAACCCAUGGAGCAGAAAUACGCGACUCCCAAUUGUAUAAGCGUAUUCUUGGACAGUCACUGAAGCAGGUUGGCCUUGGACCACGCGAAGGAAGCCGAAACAACUCAGUCAACGAACCAGCAGCCUCUGGAGCCAACGGUUCGGCACCGACGCCGCAUAUCCCGCCUCCCAAAAGCAGUGGUGCAGGAAGUGCCAGAUCUGAUGUUCAAAUCCCUGGAUUCUCCGAGGCACACAACUCUAAUUUGGUCCGCGAGGUUGCUGAAAUGGCAGCAACGGCUGCUACAAUUGCAGCGAAGAAUGCUACAAAGGCACCUCGACGAACUUCUACCCUAGCUAACCUGCCGACUUCGGCAUCUUUGAACAGACCUCCUGCGCUGAGGACUGGUGUUGUCCAGGACAUUGAACAUCCUAAUCCACAUGAAGCUCAUGCAGGAGGCGGGCAUGAUGCGCCGAACUGGAGCAGAGUCAAAAGUUCAAUCAUUCUCUGUGGAGCCACUGUUCUUUACGCACUUAUUGCUGAGAUUCUGGUGAAUACUGUCGAUGUUGUUCUGGUCAAUGUUGCAAUCGACGAGAAAUUCUUGGGAAUAACUUUGUUCGCCCUUGUUCCGAACACCACGGAGUUCUUGAACGCCAUAUCGUUCGCCAUGAAUGGUAACAUUGCCUUGUCCAUGGAAAUCGGAUCAGCCUAUGCCCUUCAGGUUUGCUUGCUUCAGAUUCCAGCCUUAGUCCUUUUCAGUGCCAUCAACGCCAGUACCCUCAUCGGACCUGAAUACACGUUCAGCCUCAUAUUCCCACAAUGGGAUAUGGUUACGGUCAUUCUCUGUGUCUUCCUCCUCAGCUAUAUGUACGGCGAAGGAAAGAGUAACUAUUUCAAGGGUUCCAUCCUCCUCCUCAGCUACCUCGUCGUCAUCGUCGGCUUCUACUUCUCUGGCAUGACAGACCUCAAGGCCAUGGGAAUGAAUCGAUUUGAUGUCAUGGAAGCCGGAGGAAGCUACAAGACUAUUGGCAGACGCCGAGCUGGAAACGCAUUUCAACAGUAAUAAAUGGACUAAGUACAUAUUGGCACCACCAUUCAUAUAUCCUCUCAUUUGAGCGCUGGCGUUUGGGAGAUUCUGCUGAGCGCUCUGAUGUCAUGCUGUAGAUACCAUCAGUCCUUGCUGAGCACACAUUUUCUUCUUCUCGUAUGUUGUUUCUCGCUGUCUCUAGAAUAUGGAGGAGUAGCAUUUGUAUGAUAGAACCGGUUGCAUUAGGAUGGGGAUAAAAAUUAAUUGACGGAUUUUCUAUUGAUGUUAAUUAUCUAACAAGAGACUCUCCGAUUCAUGGCGGAUCGGAUGCGCGUCUACAGUGAUACAUCGUCCCCUGGUGGUCAUUAGCU